UUGACUUAUGUUAGAAUGUCCGUAGAUCGCGAUAUCGCCAUGGCGAAAAUAAUCGACGGUCAUUACGACAACCUACGACAGCUACUACGAGAAAUCGAGUUUAUUACGAGUUCUGAUGUGGACUCGGAGGAUGGGCGAAGACGGUCCAGCGAAGAUCAGGUGAAAAAGUCGCAGAUUGUAUGUCCCGAAGUUUAUAAAGGAUCAACUUAUGGUUAUCCGUUUUACAGAAAAGGGUUUCAAACUGAAGAAUGCUCUGUCAAACGAGACAUAAAUGAACUUGUGACAUUAAUUUUUGAUGAAGUUGUUUUAACGACAGAAACUGGUGACCAAAUGGGGGAUUUUACCCAUACAGGUCGUAUGAAUAGGUUUUUUACAUUUCUUGAAAGCGUGUACCGUUUACAUCAAGGAAUCCGUGCUCAUUUUAUUCUAGGAAGAAGUUGGAAUCAACAUGAAAUCGACACGCUUAGGGGCAACCUGACCUUUGAUUUACGCACCAAAAUUUCCAUCCAGUCUCUCAGAAACUACGCGUUCAGCAAAGGAGAACUACUUCAACACAUUAUAGAUGACAUAAAAACUCAAUAUAUCUUGAUUGCACCCAGUUUAACACGCUUUACAAACGAUAUUAAUCUUGAAAGACUUCUAAGAGUUCUCUCGACUCAUGAAAAUACGCUCUUUGCGGGUGGCAGUGUGAGAAACCGUACGGGUCACUGGUCACACGGCUGCCUUCAAACGCAGCUCAAAAAUUACACUUUGACUUACAAAUCCGGUUAUUAUCGUUCAUUUAGUGAAUGUUUGGUUUGCGAUUUCAUUUCUGGUCCAUUUAUGGCGAAAACAUCCGUGUUGAAGGAAUUUGGAUUUCAAUCACGCGGGGAUGGUGGUAUUUUCCAAGAACUAUUCUUGAGAGUAAAAGAUCGAUUUUUCAACUCACAUCUAGGACUUGGUCACUCAAGGACCUCGGUCGUCAGUUGCCCGGAUGUCAUGUUCCACUGGCAGCCUUUUCCGGUGCUGGACAAAGACCUCGUAAAUUUUGCAAAGAAACACAGCAUUAAAAAGAUAGUAGAAGCCGAUGGCAAAGUUCGAUGGUUUGGUUGUAGAAGGGCUGUAAAGCAUCGUGAAGGAGAAAAAUGUCCCUCGAGGUCAGGAUUUGUCGUUCCACCAUGUUGUUUGGAGAAUUUAGCUGAUGCAAUAAAAUUUGUGAUGGAGCAGUGCGAAAGAAAUAAUAUAACUUGCGAGCUGCAAGAAGGAACAUUGCUAGGCGCUGUUAAAUUCAACAAGGUGUUGCCUUGGGAAAGAGAUGCUGACAUUGCUUUCCUUACCGCAGAUUUUCCAAGAAUAGUUAAGAUAAAAGACGCGUUUACCAGGCAGAGAUAUGUGGUCCGUGAAAUAAAGAAACCAUGGUGCUGUGUAGAAGGAUUUCAAGCUGGUGGAAAGAUUGAGCUACUAGCUGAUGGAUGGUCCAUUCAGAUGUAUGGUCAGCAUAGGAUGAACCCAAGAGAGCUCCUCGCCAAUGAGCACCUCCCGACGAAGGUCCUUUUUAGCGGAAACUGGUUAAGCGCUCCUUGCAAUCCGGGGCUUUAUGUAAGACAUCGCUACGGUCAGGAGGUUUAUAGACACGCCGAGCACUGGCUAUCGACUGGAAAACAGUCCGGUUGGGACGCAUACGAAACUAAAGUGUUUAGUUCAUGUCCCGUGAAAGGAUUCCACGGGUGCCUAGACCAGUAUGAGUCUGACGGAUCCAUACAGUUCGAUAAUUAGUAAUAAAUCUACC